AUGUCGCAUCAAGAGCAUUCUUUUUAUUGUUGUUAUUUAAUUCAAUCUAAGAAAACGGCUUCUAGUAGAUCUCUCUAUAUUGGUUCGACCCCUAAUCCAAUUCGACGCCUUCGACAACACAACGGAGAGAUACAAGGAGGAGCCUGGAAGACGAGGAAUGGACGACCGUGGAUCAUACUUUGUCUUGUGCAUGGUUUUCCUAACAAAACUUCAGCAUUACAAUUUGAAUGGAUUUGGCAGCAUCCCAAUAUAUCUAGGCACACCAAGAAUAAGGAAGAAAGUGUUAAAAAAACGCUGAGCUUAAACAGCUCUUUAGUUGCUCUCCAGCAAAUUGUGUCCUGUAAUUGUUGGAAACGAUGGCCUCUGGAAAUAACCUUUUUUUCCCAGCAAGCUUUUGAAAAAUGGAACGCAAUAAGCAAAGGGAACACUUCUGUAAAGUUUAGCAUGGAAGAACGGGAAAUAAUGGACUUUUACAACAAGGUUUCCGAAGUAGAAUUGAUCAAGUUCCCGUCAAAGAACAAGGUGAAUCGAAAAUCCAUUUGUGAUAUAUGUCUUCGUGGACUUCACGAAGGGGAUUCAUUGCUUUAUUGUUUGUACGAUGAUUGUGACAUGACGAGUCAUACAACGUGCUUGGCAACUCAUUAUUUAGAAAGCGAGGAGCAUAUUUUACCAGUUAUGGGCCGUUGCAUUCUAUGCUUACGAAAUCUUCAGUGGAGCAAACUCAUUAAAACCAUUCAGAAUAUGAAACGGGAUGAUAACGACAUUGACAACCAAACGAGCAGUCAAGAAUAG